GUUUUUUUGAAUCACCCCAACAUCCCCUCCAUCCACGCCAAUGAAGCGGAUUGAUUUAUUUCGAGUAUUGGUAAAUAUGAUCACGUGGGCGGAGGGACCAAUGGUGGAGGCUGGAGAGGCUGCAAAAUAGCACGAUUGUUCCCCGGACCAGGCGUACAUCCCCAGUUAACAGUGUAACCUUUUUUGCCUCCCCCCCCCCCAUGCCUUGCCACGGAGGGAAUAUCCCCAAAAUGUCGUCGAGCGGCACCCUCAGUAACUACUACGUGCACUCGGUCAUAGGCCCUGAGAGCGAAGAAGGGUACGGCGGAAGAGCAGGCUGCGGCGGCCGGUUCCUGCAAGGAGGUCACCCCCUCGCCGCCCCCCGGCUGCCCUCAGGUGUGGUGGCCGAGGGCUCGGAGUUUGCCCCGUGCAGCUUUACGCCCAAGCCGUCCGUCUUCUCCUCCUGGCCCGCCGUCCCUGCCCGCCCUCCUCCCGCUCAGCCCUCGGCCCCCAUGCCGGGCAUCUACCCUCCGUACGUGCCCCCGCCACACCUUGGAGGACUGGGCGAGGGGGGCAGGUACGUGCGUUCCUGGAUCGAGCCCUUCGCUUCGUUUCGCGGCAGCCCCCAAGCCGCCCUUUCGGCUGCACCGGCCGCCUCCGGCCAAGACGCCGCAGCCGGACGCCUCUACAGGAUCGGCAGGCCGGAGCCCGCGGCCGCCGCCUCUGCUUCUCCUGCCCCGCGGGCCGCCGCUUCCACCGCCAGCAGCAACCCCGCCUCCGCCUCGUCCUGCGCCUCCGCUUCUCCAGCCCCACGGACUGAGCUCUCCUCGCCCGCGGGCCACCCGGGCUCCCGUGGGCCCCAGUACACGUGCAACUCCUUUCCGGCAGCAGCCCGCGAAAAGGCGGCGGCGGUCGGGCUGGGCGCGCCCGCCCUCGCCACCGCGGCCAGCAACGCCAGCCUCAGCCCGGCCAAGCCAGCCUCUGGAGGCAGCCGUAAUCCCAGCCCGUUCAGCGACCUGAAGGAGGAAAAGCAGCAGCAGCUUGGCCCAAAUAACCCCGCUGCAAAUUGGAUUCAUGCUCGUUCCACCAGGAAAAAACGUUGCCCUUACACAAAAUUCCAAACUCUGGAACUGGAAAAGGAAUUCCUCUUUAAUAUGUACCUCACCCGAGAACGCCGCUACGAUGUGGCUAGGAUUUUAAACCUCACAGAGAGACAAAUUAAAAUCUGGUUUCAGAACCGAAGAAUGAAAAUGAAAAAAAUGAACAAGGAAAAAGGAAAUAAAGGGGUCUAGCACCUUGGGGCAUCUGGGUACUUGUGUUUGUGAAAAUGUGGGAUUUUUCUGAUGGAGCAUGCACGCACGCACGCACGCGCACACACAUGUACACAUAGCACAAACUAAUUAUUCUUAACGCUACUUUCCCAGGUGCAUUGAUUCAAACUUUUGGUCAAAGUUUUUUUGAAAGGAAAGGUAUCAGUGAAUGUGGUCUCUGGUGUUUUAGAAUGGGAAGAG